AUGUCAUCUGAAGCAGUUGAUGAAGCGAUAAGGAAAAAUAUUACUUGGACAAAAUUGUCAGAUGAUUUACGUACAGUUUUGGGUGGUUCUCAACGAGAAUAUGACAAAAGAAUAUUAGAUUAUUCAAUUAAAAAUCAACUUAGGUACAAGGAAAAUAUUGUUAGAUUUGUUAAAAGAGUUCAAGAGGAAUAUUAUGAUUGUUUACUUCAUCAUAGCAGAACAAAAAUGAUGCUUUACCCUUACCAUCUUUCUGAUAUUUUGGUUCGAGAAUUGCGUUUAACUCCUUUCACUUAUUAUACGGAAAUGCUUGUUGAUGUAAUGCAAGCAGAAAAGAGUUAUGAUUCUAUUCCAAAUUUUACUGCUGUUGAUGCGAUGCAAAUCCUUGGAAUUGGCCGCAAUCAAUAUAUUGACCUUGUGAACCAGAGCCGUGCAAACCGUCGUCUUUUUCGCCGUUCAAAAUCUGUUAGAGAGAUGCUGCCCCAAAAGCCAGUCAAUAAUUUUACUGUAGAGCCAUGGUUUCUAUUCAAUUAUGGUUGUGUUUUGGAAAAUGAUGUUCGGUUAUUAAGUUCUGUGGAGAAAGAAGUAAUUGACAAACUUAUGGAUGAAGGUACUCAACUUUGUGGUCUUUUGGAUAAGAAUGUUAUUCAGAGAUUGCUUAGCCGUGGCCUUGCUUAUUUGGAAGUUCCAAUACAUCCUGAGGAUUGUGUUUAUGUUCCUACUCUUGACGGAUUUGUUAUGAAUCGAACUCAGGGAGAUUUUUUCGAGACAUUGCUUUAUAAAAUUUUUGUUGCUAUUGAUGGACAGACUUCUAUACGAGAGCUCUCCGAAACAAUCGGCAUUGAUAUUGACUUAAUUUGCAACGCUGUUUCUCUUUUUUGCCGACUUGGGUUUGCGCGUAAAAGAGUUACAGGAAUUGAAAAUUUUGUUCUUCACAACUCGUGGGGAGUGGAGAAUUCGUCUUCUGGUUCUUGGUAA